AUGGCUGCCAUGUUCUUGAGGUGUGGCUCCCACCCCCUAUCGGCUGCGGAAAUCCCACCCACCCUCUGUCCAAGCCCAGCCUCCAGGAAGCCUCCCUCAACUGCACACUGCGCCAAGUGUCUCCUGUGGCGGCCCCCGGGUCCCCCCCGCAGAGACUCGCAGCCAGUCACGGAAAUGCACAGUAUGACCCAGCAGCAGUGGGAUCCUCACGGCCAGGACACAUCUGGACUCCAGUCCAUGUGGUUUUCAGAAGCAGAACCAGAAGGAGGAACUGGCUCAAGAUUCCAACCAGGAGACAAGACUGGCCAGUUCUCUUCUUCAUCCUUGCCCAACAAAGAAGUCUGGUCAUUCCUCAAAGCCAUUCCUCCCAUUCCGGAUGAGGCAGUGGUCAAGCGGAAGUCCCCAUGUGGUUCCUGGAGGGUUGGGACUCUCCAUCACGGGAAGCGAGUCAACGCCAUUGCCGUCAGCAGUGCUCCCUGCCACGUGUAUACGUGUGGCACUGGCUAUAUCAGGGUGUGGGAUGAAAAUGCGCUGCAUGCCUCAGACAGGACACCUCAGGCCCAGCUGGACUUUCAGGACCCUCGGAAUCGUGUCCUCACGUGCAAGCUGUUCCCGGAUGAGCAGAGUCUCAUCACAGGGGGAAUGGCCAGGGGUCUGACUCUCUGGGACCUGGCACCCACCCCCCAAGUCAGGGCACAGAUGGCUUCCACAGGCUCCAUAUGCUACUCAUUGGCUCUUUCCUCUGAUGCUCACCUCUGCUUGGCAUCUUUCAAAGGAUUUGUGGAGAUUUGGGAUGUGCAGAACCAAAUCUUGAUCAGGAAACACGAAGUCCCUCCCUAUGCGUCCCGAUGUGUGGACAUCACAGGCUUUAAGUUCUGGACAGGUGGUGAAGACACCACCCUAUAUUCCUGGGACCUGAGGAGCUACCAGAAGCUGCAGCAACACAACUUACGCCAUGAGAUCCUGAGCAUCACCCACGACCCCAGUGAGGAAUGGAUACUAGCCGGCUUGAAGAUGAGCGACAUUGUCAUCCUGCAUGCUCACCGGGAGGAGAAGUAUAAAGCUGUUGUCCAAAGAUACACACAACAUCACAACCUCAAGUUCGCCUCUUGCGGGACCUAUUUUAUGGCCACUCUGAAUGAGGUGAUCUACUGCCUAGCUGCACCCUCUCUAAGAAGGUUGUUCCAGGCAGAGGAAUGCUAUGACAUUCUGUGCUGUGAAGUGUCCUCUGAUAAUCGGUAUAUGGUCACGGGUUCCAAGGAUAGUGCCACGGUGUAUCAGCUCUUAUACUGA